AUUAAUGUAAUUAGUUAAAUAAAUCGUAUUAAUUUAUUUGCGUUCCAAACGACUGAUUUGAAGUGGCGUAUUUGAGUAGGGCAAUUUCAGCUGUUUCUAUUUAGCCAAAAUUGAGCGGAUUUAUUACAUACUAUUCAGUAGUCAUAUCUGUAUACACAAUGAAGUAAUAUACAAUCAGUUUUGUCGAUAGUCGUUUGUGGUUUCUAAUAUUUCGAUUUAAGCCAAUCGACUUCCCAGUUAUAGAUACGUUUAAGUUGUUACUUUCUCAUUCAAAUAGUAUACUGUUAUAUGUCAUUUUGGUAUCGGUGAUGGUGCGAGGUUAGUGAUAAUUUACAUUAGUGAUCUUAAUGUUAAAGAGUCGUGUCACCGUUUUAUGGUGUACUGUAGAAUGUGACUUGGAAUGGCAGAAGUUCACUUAAUUGGCCAAAUAAUCGGAGCAAGUAAAUUUCCGAAUCAAAGUUUGUUUUGCAAGUGGGGAAUACAUGCAGGAGGUGGCUGGAAAGUAAUAUCUGGGUUGAAGGAAGGUCAGACCCAAGUAGACAGUCCCGCGUGUGACGGCAUUACAUACUGGUGUCAUCCAGUAGACAUUCAUUUUGCAACGAAGGGCAUUCAAGGUUGGCCCAAGCUACAUCUUCAAGUGUAUCACCUGGACCAGUUCGGCCGAAGUGAGAUAUACGGUUAUGGAUUCUGUCAUGUACCAACUGCUCCUGGAUGCCAUACUUUAGAAUGUGUCACUUGGCGACCUACUGGCACUCUGCGUGACCAGUUUGUCCAGUACUUCCUUGGCGGUGGACCUCAGCUUAAGAAUCCAGAUUUAAUUUACUCCGGAAAUGAUCGUUAUCGUUUGCAAACUGAAACGAUGGGUGUCGUGCACUUGGAGUUAGGAGUCGUACUACGCAAUUUUGAUAAAUACGGAGUAGAAUGCUAAAUGUCUUCAGUGGAAUGACCUGUGAAUGAAGAA